AUGCUGUAUUUCUGGCUCAUUCUUCAUCUAAAUAUCAUUUAUUUGAUUUCAGAUAUUGGAUGUUAUCAAGAUAAGCCAAAAAUUUUCACUGUUCGAUCAGAUGCGCCAUUAGGAUGGCUUAUCUCUGACCUUGUUGAAGAUGGACAUUGUCCAUGGUAUGGUCAUUGCUUAUUGCACACCUCAAAUCAGUCGCAUUAUUUUCAAAUCAUUAAUAAUAGGUUAUGUACAAAAAAAUCAAUAAGACAGCUAGAAAAUCGAUCAGUAGCUAUUAUGAUGGAAAUUACAACAAAACCAGAACAAAUAUUUAUUGUUAAUGUGAAUAUUGCAGGAAAUUCAACGCCAUCUUUUUCAUUUGAUAUAUACAAUAUUACCUUGGAAAAUGAUAUCACACCUGAAAUGUUGAUUCCAUUUGAAACAGACAUAACAAUGGUGAAUGUAUCUAAUUCAACAGAUCUACAAAUAUCAAUUAUUUCAAAUUCAACAAAUUUACCUUUUAUACUCACUCAUAACAGGAAGCAAAAUAUUCAUUGUGCAAAGUUAUACGUUUCACGUCGAUUGAAGUUAACUGAUGAAACUUUUCAAUCAUUUUAUAUCGGUGCAUUAGAUAAGCAUAAUUUGAUUCGUUUGGCAGUAGCACGAAUUGAUGUCAAUUUCAAACAAUUGCCCAUAAGUGGACCCAAAUUCAGUAAUAUGAAUUACUUUAGACAAUUUGAUAAGCUACCACCUCAUGUGACUGUACUAAGAGUUACAGCAAAAUCAUCAAAAGGUACUGUUGUAUAUCGAAUUGAACCGGAAAAUGUUCCAUUCGAUGUUACACCUUUUUCCGGUAAUGUAUUCAGUCGUUAUGGUAUAUCAAAUGGCAAAUAUUUUUUUAAUAUUAUUGCUACUGAUUCAUUUGCACAGGAAUCACGUGCUAAUGUUCGAAUUUUGAUUGGUUCACGGAUUGAUCCAAAACGACAAUUCAAAAGAUUAAAAAGUAAAGGUACACGUCAUCGACGUAGUAGAAAAGAUUUUGGUGAUGAAAUUGUGCUAAGACUAAAAGAAAAUCAUCCAAUUGGAUUACUGGAAGAGAAAAUAAACCUUCGACCUGACGAGAAGGUUAUCUUUGCGCCAGCAACAACGGAUUAUCUUAAAAUACAUGGUAAUGGAUUAAUAGAGCUUAUCAAACCUUUGAAUUAUGAAUUCGAAAUGUCGCAUCAAGCAGCUGUACAGAUUAGCGGUAUGUUCAAAGUUCGUGUACAAAUGAUAAGAAUGGAAGUAUUAGAUGUAGAUGAACCGCCAACAUUUCUAAAUGGACCAAAGCCAUAUCAAGCUGUGGUAGCAUAUGAUCAACCAAUUGGAAUGCAUAUUUAUAAAUUUGUUGCUCGUGAUGAAGCAGGUGAUGGUGAUGAUAAUGUUGAAUAUCGGCUUAUCAAUACUGAACCUCGAGGUGCAUUUACGGUUGAUCCAGUAAGUGGUGUGGUGCAAACAGCAUUGAAACAUUAUAAACCAGGUGAAACCUACCGUAUUUUUGUUCAGGCACGAGAUCGAACACCAACAGAUCCUGAAAUUUCGCAGGAUAGUGAAGUUGCAGUACUGGAAGUAUUUGCUGGUGAUCGUGCACCGCAAUUUGUUGAGCAACAAUAUACAGUUCUUGUUCCGGAAAAUACUGAAAUUGGCUCCAGCAUAAUAGCUAUCAGAGCAGAAUGUUUUAAACCAAUUGAUAAGCGACGUAGCAAAGGUAAAUUAUCAUAUCAAUUAUAUUUGGAUACAAGUUUAAUUGAACGUGAAUUAUCAUCAUACUUUACAAUUGAUGCUGAAAGUGGCUUAGUUCAAUUGAUAAAAGCGCUUGAUUAUGAUGAUGAUACACUACCAAAGCAUCAUCAAUUAAAAGUUAUUGCACAAGAAGAUGGUCGAGAAAGUGAAGUACCAUUAGAUAUUUAUAUAAAAGAUACCAAUGAUAAUAUUCCUAUCUUUACACAACCUAUCUAUAGUGCUACAAUUAAAGAAGAUAUACCAACUGGUUAUACGAUUCUUACAGUGGAAGCAGAUGAUAAAGAUAAUGGUGAAAAUGCUCGAAUUAGAUAUACCUUAGAUGAUGAUAACUUUAUAAUCAAUGAUCAAGGUGAGAUAUCAGCUGGUAGACGUCUUGACGCUGAUCAAAAUCGAGAACGCUUCUUCAUUUAUCGUUUUAAUGUUACCGCAACUGAUUACGGUGAACCAUCAUUAAGUAGUAGUGCUAUGGUACAUAUUCGUACAGAAAAUUCAAAUGAUGAAGCACCAAUUUUCAUUCCUAAUGCAACUUAUCAUGCAUUUGUUGCUGAAGAUGCUCAAAGUGGUACACCAAUAGUACAAAUUCAAGCAAUUGAUCCAGAUCGAGAUCAGGUUUUCUAUGCAUUUCUAUUAUCAAAUGGUGAAGAAACAUCAGCAACUGAAUUAUUUGAAAUUGAUAAAGAUACAGGAUUGAUUAGACUUGGACUAAACGUAAAACCGGAAGAUCUUUUACAUGAAGAAUCACCGUACAACCUGACAAUAGUGGCACGAGAUGACGGAUCAUGCUGCGGAGAUGACGCAAGUGAACUUCAUAUGCAAACUGCUACGGUUACUAUUGAUAUCGCAGAUGUAAACAACAACAAACCUGAAUUUCGUAGUUGUGACACUUAUAGUAGUAUAGCAAAAAUUGAGGAAGGUGAUUAUAAAACUAAUGCACCAGUUAUUUUAAAGGUAGUUGCAACCGAUGAAGAUUCACCACCAAACGGAGAAAUUGUAUAUUCGUUAUAUUAUUCACAGUCUGAAUCUCGUAAACCGUUUGUCAUAAAUCCUGAAACAGGUGAACUGAGACCAUCACCAUUUGUGCGCUUUGAUCGUGAACAAAGAGCGCAAGAAGAAGUUACAGUAAAAGCAACAGAUAAAGGUGAAAGACCAUUGAUAGGCUUUUGUCAAUUUACUGUACAAGUUCUUGAUAUAAAUGAUAAUGCGCCACAAUUUGAUCGAUCAUUUUAUGAAACUUCAAUCUCGAGAAAUGUUGACAUCGGGUAUUCGGUGAUAACAGUUUUUGCGGAUGAUGCGGAUGCGCCACAGAAUGCUCGAAUUACUUACUCAUUAGCUGAAGAUACAUUAGCUGAAAAGGAACAUCAUAAAGAUUUUGAAUUUUUUCAAAUAAUUAAUGAAAAUAGUGGUGAAAUCUCGUUAGCUAAUCAAAUUCCAUCAUAUGUUAGUUUUAUCAAAUUUUUUUAA